AUGUCGACACCAACACUUCAGUCAUUCAGCGCCGGACGCGCAAAAUCAUACGUAUACAAGCUACCUCUCUUCACGAGGCUUGUCGUGUUCAUCAUCGUGGCCACGUGGGUCGGGGGUGUGGUGCUGGGGUCGAGAUGGGACAUCCAGGCGUGGGGGGCGCUGGUGCCGGAUGAAGUCAGCUUGACCAGCUUAUACCGGACUAACACCUACCCCCUGAUACACCUCAACUUCCUGCACAUGAUCAUGAACGUCUUCGCUUUAACACCUCUUCUGGAGCGAUUUGAGAGCGAAUAUGGGACACUGACAAGCUUGGCGCUGUUCUUUGGACCCUUCUCAACCCUCCCAGCGGCUCUCUACAUCCUCGUCGAAAAGGCCAUCCUCCACUCGAACAACGCCGUCAUGGGCGCGAGCGUGUGGUUCUUCCUGCUGCUGGGCGCGGAGGCAAUGCGAACAUACCGGACGAACCCGCACUUCACGAUCGCGACAUACAACAUCCCGACGUGGACGACGCCGCUGGUACUGGUGGUGAUAAUCGCGGCGCUGGUGCCGAGCACGAGCCUGCUAGGCCACGUGGCCGGGCUCGCCGUCGGCUACGUGUGCGGACUGGGCUACCUCAAGUUCCUGUCGCCGCCGGAGAAGGCGCUGCGGUGGAUCGAGGCACGGCUCAAGCUGUUGCAGAGGCUGCCACGCUAUGUGAGCGUGGACCAGAAGACGUACGGACGCUUCGGGGUGCUACCGAGCGCAGGUUCUAGUAAUGGGGCUUCGCAGGGCGUGCCGUUGGGCGUUGUUGGUGGUGGUGGGCAGAGGUUGGGUCCUUAG